AUGCCAUCUCUAACUGGCGCUCAAAUUGCCGCUCGCUCCCUUCACGGCUUAGGAGUCAACGUCAUCUUCGGCAUCGUCGGUAUCCCGGUGGUGGAAGUCGCGGAGGAAGCUAUCAAUCUGGGCAUCCGGUUUAUUGCGUUUAGGAACGAACAAGCAUGCAGCUAUGCGGCGAGCGUGUACGGGUACAUGUCGGGAAAACCUGGGGUUUGCUUGGUUGUGGGUGGGCCGGGGGUUCUACACGGCAUAGCUGGGAUUGGAAAUGCCGCUGUGAACGCAUUCCCACUACUAGUCCUUGCUGGAUCAGCGGAAUCGCAUACGAUAACUAAGGGAGGUUUUCAAGAGAUGGACGCAAUCUCGCUCCUCACGCCACACACAAAACUUGCUAUACGGCCGUCGUCGCUGGAAUCAGUGAACGAUGCCAUUCGGAAUGCGUAUAGAACAUGUUGGUAUGGAAGGCCAGGCCCCACCUUCAUCGAUCUCCCUGCAGAUUUAAUUCAGGGGAAAACGGCGGCGGGAUUUACAUUACCACCUCCUAAGCUUACGCUUGUCCCGUCUCCUCCUAAAUCUAGCGGCGAUCCAGCGGUUGUAUCGAAAGUGGCACAAUUAUUGAAAUCAGCACGCGCACCCCUCGUCGUUGUUGGGAAGGGUUCAGCGUACGCACGAGCAGAGUCAUCCAUCCGCGAGUUCGUGGAGAGGACAGGGAUACCUUUCCUACCAACACCGAUGGGUAAGGGCGUGAUACCCGAUUCACACCCCCUCAAUACAUCCAGCGCACGAAGCACGGCUUUGAAACACGCAGAUGUUGUACUUCUUUUUGGAGCCCGGUUAAAUUGGAUUCUCCAUUUUGGCGAAACACCUCGCUGGUCCGGCUCUGUCAAACUUAUUCAAGUAGAUAUAAACGCGCAGGAAAUUGGGCACAAUGCUGGAGUUGCGGAGUUAGGAAUAGUGGGUGACAUCAAUUUGGUAGCUCAGCAGCUUCUCUCCUCUCUAGCUGGCUGGCAGUAUAAGCCCGCGUCCGCUACAUCACCGGAUUCAUAUCCAUCCCUCCUUGCCGCUUCUGCCACGAAAAACGAAAAUACUUCACAGAAGAAGGCUCUUCUUCCCACUCAACGCAAUGAAUUCCUGACAUUCCAACGUGUCUACCACAUUAUCAAGACCACUCUAAAUUCCCUCUCGCCGCCGCAAGAAGGUAACAUCGUAUAUGUCUCAGAAGGUGCUAAUACAAUGGACAUCUCCCGCUCCGCUUUCCCACUGGAACACCCGCGCCAACGCCUUGAUGCUGGAACAAAUGCCACUAUGGGGGUCGGAUUAGGCUACAUUGUCGCCGCACACGCUGCGUACAACAUCCCAUCAUCGCCGGGCAGCACUCACAUACACACACCGAAGAAGAUCGUGGCACUGGAAGGUGAUAGCGCGUUCGGGUUCAGUGCGAUGGAAGUUGAAACUCUUGCUCGCCACCGCAUUCCAGCGUUGAUCUUCAUAAUGAACAAUUCGGGCAUUUACCAUGGCGACACGAAGACAGAGGGUGAGUGGAAGAAUCUACAGAAUGAGACCGUCAACGAGGCCAAUGCGAAGAAAGGCCUGCGAUCGACGAGUUUACUCUACGAGACACGCUAUGAAUAUCUUGCUGCAAUGUGUGGGGGGAGGGGAUACUUUGUACGGACGGAGGAGGAGCUGGAAAUGGCGACAAGGGAAGGCUUCUUGGAGGAUGAGAAGGUUACGAUUGUCAAUGUGAUUGUGGAGCCGGGAAUUGGGCAGUCCAUACAAUUUGGGUGGCAGGCGGCAAAGGACAAAACCACUGAAGCAAAAUUGUAA